CUCAACUCAAAUCAAAUAUUAUCAACUUCACUUUUAUUCAACAAAAAGCAUUUUGAUAUCGUGGUUUCUAUAGUUUUUGUUACUUUUUGUUUGUUCAUCCGAAACCAAAAAAAACAAGUGAAUCAUGGCAUCCCACCGUCAAAGCUACAGGGCUGGUGAAACUACUGGCCGAGCCGAGGAGAAGACUGAUCAAAUGAUGGGUAAGACAAGUGAGGCAGCUGAAGCAAUGAAGGACAAGGCCCAACAAGCCAAGGACAAGACAAUGGAGACAGCCCAAGAAGCAAAAGACAAGACAUCUGACAAAGCCCAAUCCACUAAGGAACAGGCCCAAAGGUCCAAGGACCAAACCGGAGGGUACCUCUCCGAAAAGGCCCAAGCAGCGAAGGACAAGGCGUAUGGUGCGGCCCAAACCACUAAGGAGAAGGCCUCCGAAAUGGCGGAAUCGGCGAAAGAGACGGCGGAAGCCGGUAGUGAGAAAACAGGAGGAAUACUCCAAAGGACAGGUGAUCAAGUGAAGAGCAUGGCUCAAGGUGCUGCUGAUGCUGUUAAGAGUACUUUUGGAAUGGGUGAGGCUGAAGAGGAGGAUGACCCAAAUUAUCAAGCUACUAAAACUACUACAACUAGGACUACUACUAGGCCAUAAACAAGUCUGUUGGGCCUUUUGAUAGUAAUGGGCUUUUGUUUUGUGUUUUAGUUGUUUGUUUCUUUGGGCUUUGUUGAUCUUAUGUUGUGUUUUACUUUUCGUUUGGGCCCUUUUGGGCUUUGCUGAUUACAAAAAGAGUAUAAAGAGUGACACUUUUUUAUUUGUCACUUGGUAGGAAUGAAGGGUGUGAUUGUAAUGUUGUUUCUAUCAAGAUCCUCUUCGGAUGAAAUAUAUGGUUUUAGUUUUUGUUAUA